CGACAGGUGCCGCUGGCUUCACCUGAGUGAAAAUAAUUUAGUCAACACUAUUGCGUGUCAAACGAGUUAGCUAGGUACAUGGUGGUGAAAUAAUGUGUGUAACACUGGCAGAUAAUAUUAUCUAGACAAAUUACAAUCAGAACACCGUUAGCGAAGACGGUGGUUGCUAGAUAGCAGGAGAACCGAUCCAGAGCAAGUACCCUGUACUUGGCUCGCGUUAACGCAACAGCGCUGUGUGUAGGACUAGCUUUAGCUUGCUAGCUACUAUUUCUGAUGGCGAAAAACACUCUUUCGUCGCGAUUCAGGAAACUCGACAUAGAUGAAUUUGAUGAGAACAAAUUCGUUGAUGACCACGAUGAGGCUGUCGAUAAUCAGGGACCGGACGGCACGGAGAUAGAAAACCUCAUCAGGAUAGGUGACACGAUGACCGCUUUUCACCUUGCUCUGCGGAACCCUCCUCUCAACACUAAGAAUCCAGCAGUAAAGGAAAGAGCUCUGGCAAUAGUGCUGAGAGUGUUGACAUCAUUUAAGUCAAGUGAUAUUGAGCCAGCCGUCAAGUCUCUUGACAGAAGCGGGGUGGACCUGCUUAUGAAGUACAUAUAUAGAGGCUUCGAGAAGCCCUCCGACAAUAGCAGUGCCAUUCUCCUACAGUGGCACGAAAAGGCUUUCGCAGUUGGGGGCUUAGGGUCAAUCGUACGAGUUCUGACGGCCCGAAAGACCGUUUGAAGUGAGGGGCCUUCCGUUUGAAGUGAGGGGCCUUCCGUUUGAAGUGAGGGGCCUUCCGGUUGAAGGGAGGGGCCUUAUCACGUGGAGUGUCUCGGAUGACCACUGGCAAGAGGAGUGACUGCCUUCUGUGGAAGGGAAAGUAGAUUAUCACAAUUUCUUACUGAAAAAACCCUUACACUACAUAAGUUAAAGACAAAACCCAAAGGGAACAUUUAUUUUUAGUUUGAAAAUGUAUGAGAAUGGGAUGGGAUAGCUGUAAUUUAGGAAAGGAUAUGUGUUCAUGUAUAGGACUAUCAUUUUUACCCAAUCACGAGUUAUUUGCUCGUUCUUUAUUGCAUUUCUGUUCUAAUACCAUUGAGAAGCAUCAGCAUGUUUCUUUGAGGGUGGGGAAGGAAGGAAAAGAGACAUGGCCGGUCAGAGGAAGGGUGUACAUUAAGUGGUACUGGACCUUUAUACCAGUGUGUGUGUGUGUGUGUGUGUGUGUGUGUGACAUUCAGUGUGCUUGCGAGUGUAUGUCUGAUAUGUUAGUGUAGUAUUUCCUUUUUUUUCUCAUUGUCAUUUUUGUACAGACAGAAGUACAUUUUAAUAUAAAGAGAUUGAGAUUCAAUGAAUUGGUAUGCAGGGUGGGGUAUAUUGAACAAUGGGGGAUUUAGUUGUGAAGUCCCUGCUGCAAUAAAACUGGGAACCAG